AUGAGACUGUAUUGGAAAUGUGCAGAGAAAAUGAGAUGUUUCCGGAAGCGUUCAACUAUUCCACUGCUAGCUUUCCUUGCAAUUUGUCUCCUUUGCCUCAAUCUGUUUUUGGAAGAGGACAGAUAUGUCAUGGAAGGAGAGCGGAGACUUUCUAGAGAAAUGACUUCCCAUCAACUUAACUCUGAAAAAUAUGUCCAUACUUUCAAAGAUCUAACUAACUUUUCAGGAGCAAUAAAUGUCACCUAUCGUUAUCUUGCAGGUUUUCCUAUAUCUAGAAAAAAAUAUUUAACAAUAGGACUAUCAUCUGUGAAAAGGAAACGAGGUAACUACCUACUAGAAACCAUUAAAUCCAUUUUUGACCAAUCCAGCUAUGAAGAGCUGAAUGAAAUUAUAGUUAUUGUGCACUUAGCAGACUUUGACCUGUCGUGGUGUGAAAAUAUCGUCCAAGAUGUCUCCAGAAAAUUUGCCCAUCACAUCAUUUCUGGUCGAUUGAUGGUUAUUCAUACUCCUGAGGAGUACUAUCCUAGUUUAGAUGGCCUCAAAAGGAACUAUAAUGAUCCAGAAGAUCGUGUGAGAUUUAGAUCUAAACAGAAUGUAGAUUAUGCUUUUCUACUGAAUUUUUGUGCUAAUUUAUCAGACUAUUAUGUAAUGUUGGAAGAUGAUGUACACUGCUCUAAAAAUUUCCUAUCUGCCAUUAAAAAAGUAAUUACCUCAAGAGAAGGCUCCUACUGGGUGACACUAGAGUUUUCCAAGUUAGGAUAUAUUGGAAAACUCUACCAUUCAUGUGACCUCCCACGACUGGCACAAUUUUUAUUAAUGUUUUAUCAGGAAAUGCCAUGUGAUUGGUUACUCAUUCAUUUCCAAGGAUUGCUUGCCCAGAAAGACAUCAUAAGGUUCAAGCCUUCUUUAUUUCAGCACAUGGGAUAUUACUCCUCCUUCAGAGGAACUGAAAACAAACUAAAAGAUGAUGACUUUGAAGAGGACUCCUUUGAUAUUCCUGACAAUCCACCUGCAACUCUUUGUACAAACAUGAACGUGUUCGAACACUAUGAUCCCAGUAAAGCAUACAGCAGUGUUGACGAAUACUUCUGGGGAAAAUCAACUUCAGCUGGAGAUUACUUUAUUAUUGUACUUGACAAACCUGCUAAAAUUGAUAAACUGAAAAUCCAAACAGGCACAGACGACAGACAAAAUGACAUCUUGCAUCAUGGAAGGCUGGAGGUUGGCCAAAACUUGCUGAUAGUGAAAAAGGAAAAGCAGUGUUCUAGCUACACCAUACUUGGGGAAUUUCAACAUGGAAAUAUUGAGAUAAAGAAUAUUGGUCACAAGGUUAAAUUUGACAUUCAUUGCAUCCGAAUACUGGUAACAGAAAAUCAGAAGGAAUGGCUGAUUAUUAGGAGUAUCAGUAUUUGGACCAGUCAGGCAUCCAUUUAG